AAGCUACAACCAUAUAUGAUGACAAAUGCUAGGAAUUAAUCAAUGCAAUUUGAAAUUGAAAUUGAAAUUAAAACUAGUCUUUUUUCUUCACUAGGGAAGGAGUUUCAUAUAUGAUAAAAAGUUCAAAACUAUGUCUUAUCUAACUCAAAUUCUUUCACUUUUUCUCAUUCUUCUAGCAUCUUCACUACUAAGUGUGUUUUCAAUUGAAGUUUCAAUAAAAAACACAUACAUAGAACCUUUUAAAUGUUCUACAAAAAUAAGAACAUGCAAUGCUUCACUCUACCACAUAAACUACGAUCAAAAGAUAGAACAAAUAGCCCAUUUUUACUCUAUUGGUGUUUCACAAAUCAAACCCAUAAUUCGUAGCAAUAAACAAGAUUACCUAGUAAAAGUGCCUUGUUCUUGCAAAAACACCAAUGACCUUAGUGGAUAUUUCUAUGAAACAAACUACAUGGUUAGUCCUAAUGAGAGUUUUGUGGAUGUUAACACACUUGUUUAUAGUGGUCAAGCUUGGCAAGUCAACGAAGAUUUGGUUCCAAAUGAGAAUGUAACAAUAAAUAUUCCUUGUGGUUGUUCGGAAUUUGAGUCACAAAUUGUUGUUACAUAUACAGUUCAACAUAGUGAUACACCAAAUUCAAUUGCUCUUAUGCUAAAUGCUACUGUUGAUGGCAUGGUUAGAAUGAAUCAAGUUUUGGGUCCUAACCCUACAUUCAUAGAUAUUGGUUGGGUGUUAUAUGUUCCUAAGGAAUUAAAAGGAUCUCCACUUUCCCAUGGAAAAGGAAAGAAACACAAGUGGGAAGCUAUUAUUAGUAUCUUAGUGAGUGUGACAUUACUUUCAGUUAUUACCAUGAUUGUUCUCAUUCUCAGGAGACAUAAACCCUAUGGAACCACCAAAAAGGAUCCAAAAACUGUCUCUAAAAGAUCAUUUGGCAAUAGAACUAUUUCCAUAAGGAAUCAUGACUUUCAUAAAGAAUAUAUGGAAGAUGCAACACAAUUUGAUCCAGAAAGACCAGUAAUUUAUGCUUUUGAGGAGAUUGAAGAUGCUACAAAUAACUUUGAUGAAACUAGAAGGAUUGGAGUUGGUGGAUAUGGAACUGUCUAUUUUGGAAUGCUAGAUGAUAAAGAGGUUGCUGUUAAGAAGAUGAGAUCUAACAAAUCCAAAGAGUUCUAUGCAGAACUCAAAGCAUUAUGCAAGAUCCAUCACAUUAACAUUGUUGAGUUAUUGGGAUAUGCAAGUGGAGAUGACCACCUUUAUUUGGUGUAUGAGUAUGUUCCUAAUGGAUCUCUUAGUGAACACCUUCAUGAUCCACUACUCAAAGGUCACCAGCCUCUUUCUUGGUGUGCUAGAACUCAAAUUGCACUUGAUGCAGCAAAAGGUGUUGAAUACAUACAUGAUUACACAAAAGCGCGAUAUGUUCACCGUGAUAUAAAGACUAGUAAUAUUCUUCUUGAUGCGAAGCUCAGAGCAAAGGUAGCAGAUUUUGGACUUGCAAAACUAGUAGAAAGAACCAAUGAUGAAGAAUUCUUAGCAACAAGGCUUGUUGGAACACCAGGCUACCUUCCACCAGAAUCUGUGAAGGAGCUUCAAGUGACAAUAAAAACUGAUGUAUUUGCAUUUGGAGUGGUUCUGUCUGAAUUGAUAACAGGAAAAAGAGCAUUAUUUCGUGACAACCAAGAAGCCAAUAAUAUGAAAUCACUUAUUGCAGUUAUUAACAAAAUAUUUCAAGAUGAUGACCCGGUGAGUGCUUUAGAAGCAACUGUAGAUGGAAAUCUUCUACGUAGUUAUCCUCUUGAAGAUGUCUACAAGGUGGCAGAAUUAUCUCAUUGGUGUUUGAGUGAAAAUCCAGUGGACAGACCUGAAAUGAAAGAAAUGGUUGUAGCAUUAUCAAAGAUUGUAAUGUCCUCAAUAGAAUGGGAAGCAUCACUAGGUGGGGACAGUCAAGUUUUCAGUGGGGUAUUUGAUGGAAGAUGAUGAAGAAGACACUUUUGCUAAUAAUUUUUUAUAUGCAUCCUUGUCUUUGCUGAUAUGGUAUAUUAAUUAAUCUAUAAUCUUUGUUGGGGUGUAUAUAGAGAUCUUGCUAGAAAAUUAUAGAUUUGAAUUGUGACAAUGUGACUUCUUGUACUGAAAAUUUGUUAAUGCUAACAACUUUAUAUAUUGAAGAAAAAUGGAAGUACAUUACCUACUUUUGUGCCA